CGCACUACUCCAAGCCCUCCAUCUCCCUCAGCCCCAGAGGGGAGAUCGCGCCGGGGACGGACGUCACCAUCUCCUGCCAGGGGCCGCGGCAGGGCGUGCGGUUCAAGAUGUACCGGGCCGGGGUCGCGCGGUGGCACACGGAGCCGUCCGGCUCGACGGCCGAAUUCCGCAUCCCCAACGCCCGGCGGGAGGACGGGGGCACCUACACCUGCAGCUACGAGAGCCUGACAGAGCCGCCCGUCAGCUCCCCCCACAGCGACCCCGUGGAGCUGGUGGUAGCAGACACUGGCUCUGGUCCCGCAGGGCGAACCGACCCGACUCAGCCUGGAGCAGCGCCGGCUCCCACCCGCCCGGGCAGCACACGGCCAGGGGCCCCCCCAAAGCAGGAUUACCCCCCGUUUGCCAUCGUCCGUCUGUCCCUGGCCGCCGGGGUCCUGCUGGCCCUGGUGCUGAUCCUGGCCGAAGCCGCGUACAGCUGGAGGAGGACCCCCCACUCGCUGACCCCCCCACGGCCCGGCGGGGAGCAGGGCCGGCAACCCGAGGGACAGAUGGAGACCCCAGCAUGGGAACUGCAGCCCCCCCAAAUUCCUGCCCGGCCACUGGGGACAGGAACAUCAGGAUACACACACCAGGGGGGACGGGGGGCAGUUAUCGGACCCACGGGCCCAUCCACAUCGGUAUCCCCCCUCCCCAAUAAACAGAACUGA